AUGUUGGCUUCCAGAAUCCAGCGCAGGGCUUUCUCUGCCUCUGCCCGCAACCUGUCCAAGGUCGCUGUCCUCGGUGCUGCCGGUGGCAUUGGCCAGCCUCUCUCUCUUCUCCUCAAGCUCAACACCCGCGUCACUGAGCUUGCUCUGUACGAUAUCCGUGGCGGACCUGGUGUCGCCGCUGACAUCUCCCACGUCAACACCAAGUCCACCGUCAAGGGCUAUGAGGCCACCCCCAGCGGCCUUGCUGCCGCCCUCAAGGGCUCCGACAUCGUCCUGAUUCCCGCUGGUGUCCCCCGUAAGCCCGGCAUGACCCGUGACGAUCUCUUCAACACCAACGCCUCCAUCGUCCGCGACCUGGCCAAGGCUGUUGCCGAGUCCGCCCCCGAGGCCAAGCUCCUCAUCAUCUCCAACCCCGUCAACUCCACCGUCCCCAUCUGCGCCGAGGUCUUCAAGGCCCGCGGUGUCUACAACCCCAAGAAGCUCUUCGGUGUCACCACCCUCGACGUUGUCCGAGCUAGCCGCUUCGUCUCCGAGAUCAAGGGCACUGACCCCAAGGACGAGAAGAUCACCGUCAUCGGUGGUCACUCUGGUGUCACCAUCGUUCCUCUCUUCAGCCAGAGCAACCACCCCGACCUCUCCUCCAACGCCGAGCUCGUCAACCGUGUCCAGUUCGGUGGUGACGAGGUCGUCAAGGCCAAGGACGGUGCCGGCUCUGCCACCCUCUCCAUGGCUUUCGCUGGUGCCCGCAUGGCCGAUGCUCUCCUCCGCGCCGCCGACGGCGAGAAGGGCGUCAUUGAGCCCACCUUUGUCGAGUCUCCCCUGUACAAGGAUCAGGGCAUCGAGUUCUUCAGCACCAACGUCGAGCUCGGCCCCGACGGUGUUGAGAAGAUCCACCCCAUUGGCAAGAUCGACGCCAACGAGCAGAAGCUCGUCGAGGCCUGCCUGGGCGAUCUCAAGAAGAACAUUGCCAAGGGUGUUGCCUUUGUCCAGGAGAACCCCGGCAACUAA